AAGAACAGCAACCCCUUUGAACUCGAGCGUUAGAGAAGAACCCGUUCUGCUCCCUCGCAGCUAUCAGUCGCUCGCCAAACUCUAAGAGAGAGGAAAGGAGCCGGAACGCCAGUCUUUCCUUGAAACUCCGGCUGGCAUUGCUGACCUUGCUGACCUAAAGGAGCCGCCCUUCUUGCAAAGCCCAGCAUGCAUGCUCCUCUGGUCCCAGGGUCCUUGCCUUCCCCCACUCAGACUGAUCUUCCAGUCCCAUUGAAGAAAUUUUAUCAGGGUGAACCUCUGGCCCUGGGGAUCACACAGAUAUUCAUAGGAAUCAUAGGAAUGAUUUUUGGGAUCCUGCUUGAUAUAAUGAAUGAUUAUUUCAUCAUCUAUAGUGUUAUAAAGAUCGCUUAUUGGAGUGGCAUCUUGUACAUCAUCUCUGGAUCCUUAGCUGUGGCAGCUGCUCGGAAUCCCAAGAUCCCUCUGGUGCAAGGUGCGCUGGCAAUGAAUGUGAUAAGUGCUGUAUCAGCUGGUAUUGGCAUCAUAUUCCUGUCUUUCAGUAUCACCACCCGUUUUUCAUAUAAUUUCAUAUAUCCUUGCCGUGAAUUUCAACACAAUUAUAUGGAAAAGUGUUAUGAAACUCUUAAUAUCAUUAAUGGAAUUUUGGCUAUUCUUAUUAUGUUCAACAUCCUGGAGUUUUGCAUCACCAUCUCUGUCGCAUCAUUUGGCUGUAAAAUGCUUUGCCGAAAUACCCUCACUGAAACGGUUGUCGUCAUUUAUCAGAAUGUGACUCCUGCCAGUGUUGAACAUCCACCCAUCGACUGCAAACAGCCAGAGUUCCCUUGAGUUGCUUUCCCUUCUUGGCAGCUAUUCUGGACCACAUUGGCUCCUGCAAAAUUGAGUUUUUUAAGGAUUUGGAUGGGACUUUUUACUCAGUGGAACCUAAAAUAUUUAGUGGGCUAAGCAAAACACCAUGUGUAAAAGAUCUAGAGAACGUGAAUAUUCUUGAUUGCUGGUUAAGACAUGUCUCUGUGAACUGGUUGGCACCUUGUACCAACCUUAUUAUGUUUUGCUGUUGGAAAAUGCACAAUUGGUUGAGUUUAUACAACACAUUAUGGAUAAGCUAUAGUUUCCACUUUACAAUGGCUGUGUCACAGAUUAAGCAAAGUCCAAAGCUUACUUCAACAGAACUUAGGAAAAUAUUUUUUUGCACUCAGCUACACUUAUACAACAAAUUAUGCUAGUUGUGUGAAAUCAUCUAAUGCUUGCAACACACUCCAGAAUUUGAUUUGUGGGAUGUAACAGUGACCCUGGGAAGACUUCAUAUAAAAGGCUCAGCAGCCGUAUAUUCCAGUGAAAAAUAAAGAGUCAAAUUUAUAGCCAUAAUUUAAAAUUUUAACUUGUUUGUUCUAGUGGUUAAGAUACCAGGAGACUGUGAGUUCUAGUCCCGCCUUAUAAAGAAA